AUGCCAUGGCGCAUGGCACGAACCACCUGGCCCCAGGCACGCGCGUUUUCUUCUACCGCCCUACGUCGCCGAAUUGAGGAAAAUAUCUCCAGCGCACGCCUGGAGGAACUGCUCCAGUCGCAGGGCGAUAAACCCCUCCUGGUCGACUUCUUCGCAGAAUGGUGUGGCCCAUGCAAAAUGCUGAGCCCUGUCCUUCACAAGCUCGUGAAUACCCCGUCAAUGGUCGGUGGUAAGGAAGUGGAUUUGGUCACAAUCGACGUGGACAACAACAUGGAGGCUGCACAGAAAUAUGGCAUUCGUGCCAUGCCAACUGUGAUGGCUUUCAAAAAUGGUCAGCUGGCGACGCAGUUUGUCGGUAUGCUGCCAGAGCCCCGCCUGCGGGAGUUUAUUAGCUCCCUGUAA